AUGCGACCGGGUAGCACUAGAGAUGCGAGUUCCGAAGAGCCAUUGGACUACGACGAUGUCUCAUCACCGGCGACAUCGUCGUUGAUCGAUGUAACGCCUCGGGAUCCCUUCGUUGGCACCGCUUUCGAGAUGCCUUACAAGUCGAGACCCUUGUUUCACCUUUUUAUGACUACACGAGUGCUGCACUCGACUCCGGUUGCCAGAGAUAAAAAUUCGUUCCUGGUACAUCGUGCUUUAUCACACCCUGGCUUUCUCCACGGGGCGCUGCUGAUGACGACACUCCAAUGGGCUUGGUCAACUGGGGACAGCGAGCAGUUUCGAGUACCUUAUCUCUACCACAAGUUGCAAGCGAUACGGUUCGUCAACGAACAACUUGCGAAUCCCGAAACAGCCGUUCACGAGGGGACGAUUGCCGCAGUGGCGAGUCUUGCGCUUGUAGAGAACUCUCUGGGAUCCGAUGAUGCAGUAACAUCGCAUCUACGCGGCCUUGCUCGGAUCAAGGAGAUACAGGAUAGGAAUGGCGCAUCCAGGUCCCCAGGGCUUUUGCAGCGUGUGAUUCUCAUGGCGGCACGAUGUGUCAAGUCCCGGCCGGUCUGUGGUAUUCUCGAUAUCUCAAGGACUGACGACGUUCAUCAGUCAAUAAUCGUGUCGAUACUACGCAUAGCACUGCGUCCCAUCUACGAUAUUUUCACACUGACUGGGUCAGAACAUCUGACAGAAGAACUCUCAAAUGUGUUGGCAAGGCAAUCAUCCCAUGCACAGGCCCUUGACAGCAACUUGGUGGCUCUGCAAUCCGUGGACAGCAGCAGGACCGGUUUCAUCUCCUGCUACUUCUAUCUUUAUAUGAUACUUCGCGAGAGCGGAGUGGAUGCAUUUGUAUUGAAUUGGUUACUAGAGCAAUUGCUCGCGGACGUCUGCAGGACCGAGUCACUCAUGCACAAGGGGAGUUACAGUCAAUCCUUGUGGUUUUGGACGGUCAUGUUUGGAGCAUGUGCCACAGUAGCCGCGAGAAUCACUUCGCCCCUCGAAAACGAGCAGAUGAGCGCGAUUCGGGACGUAUAUAUGGACAAGAUCAAUCUUGCGAGCCAAGUACUCAAGAUCAAGAGUUGGGAAGGGGCGAAGUCAGCACUCAGGCUCUUUGCCUGGGAGGAUGACUUCGAUGGAGAGGAAGAGCUCCGAAGACUCUGGGAGGAGGCUGUCUGGGAAGACGAUGGCCACCGCCCAAAACUUCAUUCACUCAGCUCGGGAUUUCCAAUUUCCUGA